ACAACCAGGCAUUCGUGGAACUCCACGCAUGUGCUGAAAAAGUGGCAUGCUCUCAACUCUGCCUGGCCCUAUCCGAGCGUUGAGGAAAAGCAAGAGCUUAGUCGUAAAUCUGGGCUAAGCGUUCGCCAAGUAUCACAAUGGUUUGUGAAUGCAAGGCGGAGAAGCGAAGGGCGAUCACACGAUAAACAAUGCAGCAGUGAGAGUCACUUAAGCUCUUCAUUACCCAGAGUACGACGGUCUGCCUCGCUAGGUGCUCCCCCAUCGGCAGCUUCUAGAGGCACCUUGACCAAAUCGCGCUCUCAAAGCGACAUAUCUGCAAAGCUUCAAGCCGGUACCAAUAAUUCACGAGAUUCCAUUACUUCACGCCCCUCAAGUAGCUGGUCUUCUUACUCUGAGCAUCCCGACAUUUCAAAUCACCACCAAUCACAAAAUGAGCGCUCCAAAACACAACAUAGAGUGUGCAAUAGGAUAGCCGAGGAUAAAAGCUCCCGGAUCUAUCAAUGUACUUUCUGUACGGAUGCCUUCAAAACAAGAUAUGACUGGACGAGACACGAGGCAACGCUCCAUUUAGCGCUUGAACAAUGGACAUGUCUCCCAACCGGGCCGAAAAGAUGGGAUCUUGGAGAUGGCUCUCCCAAAUGCUCUCUCUGUGACGAAUGCGACCCCUCCGAUGAUCACCUUCGGUCUCAUCGUAUAUCUGACUGCAUAGCGAAACCUACCUCGUUGAGAAGUUUCCUCAGGAAAGAUCACCUUCACCAACACUUGCGUCUUGCGCACAGCAUCGAUAAAAUGACACUCUCGAUGAAUGCUUGGAGCUCGAAACUUUCUCAUGUGAAAUCACGCUGCGGCUUUUGCGGAGAGACCUUUUCCCUUUGGACGGACCGCAAUGAUCAUCUAGCCGACCACUUUCGAAGAGGAAAAUCCAUGAAAGACUGGAAAGGAGAUCGAGGCUUUGAGCCUUCCAUUGCAAUGCUUGUCCAAAGCGCAAUGCCGCCCUAUCUCAUUGGCGCUGAGUCUUUAGAUCUAGAGCCUUUUAGCGCCUCGAAGGGUGUAAUGAAGAAGAUGCUCACAUAUCCGGACGCUCAGAAUCCUCCAAAUGUGUUUGAGCUACUUACAGCCCGCCUUAGUGACUUUGCAACUGCCUCACAAGCAAGUGGCGCUACCAUCAAUUGUGACAUCCUUCGACACCAAGCGCGGCUUAUUCUCUAUGGGGACGAUGAUCCAUUGAAUCAGACUCCUGCAGACAAUGAUCAGUGGCUAACAUUGUUCAAGAUUGGGCAUGGAUUAGCG